AGUCUCACUCAGUCAGUUGGCGUCGCGACGCCGUCGCCAGAGGUAUUCGAGAGCCACGUACGAUACGGUUCCCGGGUUUUCUCUCUUCCUGACACAAACGGGGAGAAUUACUGAAAGGGACGCACAGUGCACGCGAACAGUGAACACCGCGAUUCCAUUCUCGCAAUUAGCCAAUCUCUAACAAAUAAUUUCUUCACAGACAAGACAGCAAAUAUUUACAAAAUUAACCGAAUAUUAAAUCAUUAAAUACCUAGGGAAAAUAAAGGGGGAAAUAAAAAUAAAGGAACGUGAGAUAAUAUAGUGAUACAAAGCUUCGAGCAAAUGUGAAUCGUUGAAUAUAAUUUUCAAGAGGAUCGAAGUAACAAACCUUCUCUCCAAAUAACGAAUUUUCGUAUUUGCGAAUCUUUGCAUACAGCUUCCAAGAGGAUUGAAAUGAUGAAAUAAUAAAAUAAAUAAUAAAAUUUGAAUGUUCGGACACAGCUUCCAACAGGACCGAAAUAAGCAAUUUUCUUUUCAAAUAACAAUUGGAAGUCAGAAAUCGAACUGAGCGCUAUGUAAAUUCUGUUGGUAGUGCAGUAUCGAUGAGCCACGAGCUUAAUAGUUUUGUACAAAUUGUCGCUGGGAGGAGAGGUAAACGCGAUCGUUGCCAGAAAGUGAAUUAAACGCAAUCGUCCCGCACAAAGGAUACAAAUGACGCGCUGUCGGAUAACGGAGGCUGACACAAUCAUGUUUCUGAUUAGAGUGAAAUGACGAACGAGCCUCGUGGUUCCUUCGAGAAGCGAGCAACGAAGGAAUAAGAUAAGUCAGGCAGCGAACGAAAGGAUUCUUGCUGCCGAGGGGUACUCUGCUGGAGGAAAGUGGAAAGUGACAGCCACUGGAUUUAUCAGACACGUAAUACGUUAUCGAUGAUAGCUUGUGAAAUUACUCGAGCCCACGUUAUGCUUUCGUUCGAUCGUUAUAAUCUCCCUAAUAUUAAACAAGAAGGAACAAAUAUUCUAUUUAAUAAGAUUUCCUGUAAAUAGAUUACAAUUUGAUAAAAUUUCUAGUGAAUAGGUUGCAGUUUGAUAAAAUUCUCGCGAAUUUGGGGCGAAUAGUAUAUGCAAAAAAUCUUAGCAAAGCGACGAAGCACGAAUUUCUGCUAGCCUAAGCAUAGUAUUCGUUCGAUGACUUGAUUGAACGAGUGGCUAAUUAAGAAAUAAGUGGACUGGAGAUUUCACUCCCAAGGAAAAAUUGCGAAAGUCGAAAGACUGCGUUAAAGUGCGCGUUGAUUUUAAAAAGACAAGUCCUUGAGGAAAUAUCGAGUUGCAUCGUUGAACGAAGAAGCUGUACUCGGUCGGCGGUUCGUACGAUUCCCCCAACGAGAAAAGAGAUUUUACUGAACGAAGCAUCCUCUUUAAUCCUUUACUCGAUCAUCGAAAGUACUUUCGUCGCUGCUAGCAACGUUCCUCUGGGAUUCAAUUGACUUCAUUCCUUUCUCGAUAUCCUUACUAUUAAAAAAAAAUCAUCUUUUUAACCGUUCACACCUCAUCGUAGACGCUUCUUCGUUCUUUAUUUUAGAAAGUAAGCGUGAGUUUGAUAAAUCAAUUAAUUAGAAGAGGCGCACAAACUAUUCGUGUACCUGCUACUUAAAUUCGUCGACACGUUCGCGGACAGUCAAUCUAUUUAUUGCUAAGAUGCAUCUCAUCCGGGGUCACUGACUCGCGGUAUGUCGCUCGAAUAAUUUUAGGCAGCCACGAAAUUGGAAAUCAACCGAGCCACCAAGUUCGAGAUUGAACAGGAGGAGCACGGUCAAGAUCAACGAGUACCAUGCGUGCGCGUUCGUCGCUGCUUUCUAAUCACAUACCUUAGAGCUUUAUAUUCGAACCUCGUGUUCUCCUUUUAUAAACUCGAGGAUAUUUGCCCCUCGUCACUCCGUUUCACUUUUGCGACGUUGAAGUGAAAAGAGAGAAAUUUCUGAGUGAAUACUUGUUACGUCCUUUUCCAACAAGUUCCAACAAGGAUGUCAUCUAAAUAAAGAUUCCCAACUGGAUUCCACUGGAUAGUGACUUGUGAUUUCUUUGAGACCUGGAAGGAUCGCAGUUCGAAAAAGGACAAUUUCUCAUCGAAUAUUUAUUAUAUUUUGCCAACAAAUUCCAAGGAAUGUUAUUACGUAGAAAGAUAUUAUAUCUGAAUAAGGAAUUCCACUUCAACUGGAUUUCGCCAUAGCGGUGACAUUUUUUUGAGUUUUGGCAGAGUGGUGGUUUGAUUUAGUAGCAUACCAGCUAAUCCGGAUUAUCCGGGACGCGAUGGCUCUAUGAUAAAUUAAGAGUCGUUCUAGACGAAGGUUCGAGCAUCUUGGAAUACAGCCGGCUGUAAAUUCACGGCAAACGUGUCCGAUUGUCCGACGACCCUAUUUCUGUGUUAAAUUCCGCGUGGAAUUAAGACAUAGCUAACCAUUUGCCUACCGAAUCUACAUCAGCAUUUAUUUAUACGCGUGUUUUCGGAUCUAACGAUAUUGGAAACACCAAGGAGAAAGUCUUGAUGCUGUUCGAAGCACAAAUAUAUAUUAAUACGCACUCGAUCUUCAGUGAUACGUAACACCAAGCAGAAACUAUAGUGUUAAAGCACAAAAAAGAGAGAGACAGAGUGAUGACUGACUGUGAUAGUUCUAGAAGAAGCCUUAAAGGAAUGUCAAAUUCGCCGGAUGGGCGGCAGGCGCCGCCCCCGAGAUUGAAGAUUCAACUUCCCAUACCGGGUCAAUUCUAUCCACAACCGGGUAUGGGGUACGUACCAACACCGUAUGGCCAAACUCCCAUGCCGAUGACUCCUGUUUCCGGCCAACCACGGGUGAUUUACGCGAACAAGGCCAGCGAGUUCGUCUUCAGCCAAUUCCAGGGCAUCAAGGAUCUGACCAAGUCUGGCCUAAGUGUCGGCGAGAAGAGCGCAUUCUGGCUUUACGAGAAGGUCAGUUCCUGGAGCAGACGAUGGUUCACGCACAUUUUCUUAUUUGUUAUCGUGCUUUUGUACAGUAUCGGGGGCGCGAUGAUAUUCGUCACGAUCGAGGGAACCAACGAGGAUAUGGCGCACGGAAACAUUCGAAAGGAGAGAAACAAGACACUGACCACGAUUCGAGAGUUGUGCGACGACCAGGUAUUGGCUUCGAAUCCAGAACUUUGGAAUGGGCGGGCGAGGAACGAACUGAUGGAAUACGAGGAACAUUUGUACGAGUUCUACAAGCGUGGAUUAACGGAUCGCGGAGAAAAGGUGUGGACCUUCUGGAACGCUGUAUUCUACUGCGGCACCAUUUAUACCACCAUAGGGAUGCAGAAAGGGGAUGGAAAAUUUGUGCGACGAGUUGGUUGACGAAGAUGAGCCCGGGACGAUGAUCGCGACCACAAGAACAAAACAUCUUUUUCGCGUCGACGGAAUGUGCCCACGCGUACUAUUUCGAGAGGAACACGACUUACGUAAGGGUGGAAGAGGAGACGUGGGUGACGCUCGUGGGAAGAUGUGGCGCCCAUCGUUUUCGCAAUUCUCGACAAGGAAUGGUUUCUUUCAAAACAACCAUCGACGAGAGGUCGUUUCUUCUUUUUCUUUUUUAAACAGCUUUCGACAAGGAAGAGAAACGAGGUUUCGACAAGAGACCGUAAACCCUACGAUUCCCAACACUUUAUGCGAAGAGAAUAAAAUUUGGUGAUGGCUGAUGGUGGAAAGUUGUUAAAAGGCUUAAAGAUUCUGCUACUUUUCCUUUGUCGACGAGGGAACGUUAAUUUUCUUAUGCUGAGAUUGAGCUUUCUUUAAUUGUCUCUCGUUUCAGAUCUACUUGGAUUUUCGAUCUGUUUAAGUGGAUUGAGGUUUUCUAGAUCGCGCGUGAAACUUUUUACAUCCAAGAACUGUAUGUUUCCAUUCUUCGAAAGAGAGAAAGUUAACCUUGAGACGUAAUGUUAGCACGACUGAAUUGGGUUUCUUAAAUUCGCCCAUUUUUAAAGAUCUAUUUAAAUUUUAAUAAUAUUUAAUGGAGAUUUCGUGGUUCUUGGAAGACUUGAGAGUUUUUUUCUCUUAAGUUCUCAUAAAUUCUUAUAAAUUCACUUAUAAAGCAUUUCGUAGAAGAUUUAUAAAUUCCCUUUUCUCUUUUGUGACAGAGGAAUAAGUUAAUUUUAGCAAUAUGACUAAUUUGAAAUUUUGAAGAACCUUUCUUCGAACUUAGUCAUCUUUAAUUAACUUCUGCCGUAGUAACGUUCUUUAAAGCUUCUUGGAAGACUUAAGAAUUCCCCUUUUCCUAUUUUUUCCUUUACCAAGAAGAAAACUAACUUUUUGUUGAAAAGCAAUAAUAGUUUUAAAUUAAUUUCUUUUUAAUUCAUUAUUUAGUGACAUUGAUACGACGAUGAAACAUUUUAUGAUAUUAUUUUCAGUGAUAUUCGAAGUUCCUCUGAUCUUCCAAAUAUUCGUAUGGAAUUUCAUAGCUCGCUCUCGUUUCUCCGUUUGUUACACAACUGAAGUGUUUAAAUGGGCCAAUAAAACGGCAAUCAGAGUGCUCUUAAGAGCAUCGUUCUCUGGUUAUUGUUCUUCGAAAUAUAAACAACGAAAAUCUUCCACAUUCACGUCCACGACCAAUCAAACGAAGAACAAAACACUAUUAACCAUUUUGUACUUUACAUUUCUAAAUCAAGCAGUGCUUGUCGAAUGCUCGGAAUAAAUACGUAAAAUUGAAAUCAAUAUUCCAAUCGUGAAAGCAAAGAGAGAUAAUACGAAACAAAAUAAAACGUGGAGAACUUUUUAUUCGAAAAAUAUUUCUAUCUUCGUCAAAUUAUAUUGUUAAUUCGAAAUGAAAGGCGAUGUAGUUCGUUAAAUAAAGCUGACAAGUGUCGUACAAUUCGGUUUAUGUCACGGUGAACGUAAGUAAAAUAUAGGAAAAGAAUAUUCAAAGAAAUGUUACGAAAGGAAUCGUAGGAUAAAACCAGUGUUGGUUGCGAGUGAAUUAAAUUGUCUGGCAGCCUGUGAAACUUCGUCGUUCGUUUAGCGAUGUUUCGCGUUUCCAUUCUAUUUCGAACGUGUUCAAGCGAUUUAUAACACGCUCGCGAUCUCCGAAUGUCGCGUUUCACGCAGAAUAGAAAUAAAUACACCUGAAUAGCGUCAGAAAAGAGCGUUUGGGAAAAUCGUGAGAAAGGCACCAACGCGUUUACAUUGAAUUUCAUCGGAAUUCAUAUCUUUAUGUAUA